AUGAAUGCCAAAGAAAAAAUUAGCUUAAAUUUGAAUGAAGAGGAAGACGAAAAGGAAGAGUUUAUGAGAGGAAUGGAAACGUUUCUGAGAGGAGUAGCCCUCAGAAAAAGUCAAAGCCGUGACCCCAUCAACAGCGGCGUCGACACCACCGCACAGAUAGGCAUUGAGUACCGGCUCAUCGGUUGCGCAACAUUUCACAAGAGCUAUCGUACGGGUCAGUUGGAUGCUAAACAAGUACUCAAGUCCAACGACUAUAUUAUACCGGAGUUUGCAGUCAAUCAUAUCAAGCGAUUCUUGACGGCACCGUCGGAAUUACUACACGCUGUGGUAGCCCUAUAUCACACAUAUUUACCCGGAUAUUCACUGGAACUACUCUACAAGACUUUAUGCAAAGAGGGAUCGCGUACUCUAUUGCUUCUUAGGGACGGAACCGAGAAGAAAUAA